AUGGCGUCUUCUUCCUCAACAAGUUCUUCUUCUUCUUCCACGUUUGUUUCUCAAGAAGAAUUCAACUUAUUUCACAAAAUUGACAGACAACUUUACACAAUACUCGCCAUUAACAUAGGCCGUGACCCCAUUGAAGCCCUCCAAAUAAUGGCCUUUUGGCUUUGGCUCGAACGAGUCGGCUUUCGCCAUGUUGUUUUCCGAUUGCUCCGCUUGCCGGUCCUUCUCAUCAACGAGCUUGCCGACGAAGCCCUUGCUGCCCUAGCAUGCAUCCUCUCGGAUCACCCGCCGCCGCUCUCCAACGACUACAAUAAUAGCAUUCCUCUCACUCAAAAUUUCAUGAAGAAAGAAAUUUCUCUUCAGUUUCUCUAUGCUAACCGCCAAGCUGCCACUGAAGGAGUGGCUAAAAUCCGAAAUGAGGUUUGUUUUAGAGCCAUGAAAGAUAUUAUGCUCCGAGCCAUGAGUCACCGACAAAUCUCUGCCGCCACCCCCGUCACCGCUCCGCCACCGCCCCCUCCACCUCCACUGGGAGGAUAUCUGCAACCGCAGGUGCCGGUGCCACCAGAAGAAAGAGCAAUGUUUGUAACAUUUUCAAAGGGUUAUCCAGUUCAUGAGUGGGAAGUUAGAGAAUUUUUCAAUAAAAAUUAUGGAGAUUGCAUUGAAAAUUUUCAAAUGCAAGAAGUAGAAGCUAAUGAACAAGCAUUAUUUGCUCGUAUAGUUUUCAAAUUAGCUUCUACAAUUGAUCUCAUUCUUAGAGGACAACCAAGAAUGAAGUUUACUAUCAAUGGAAAACAUAUUUGGGCUCGCAAAUUUAUCCCAAAGCAGCGUCCGUCGCCGCCUUCACCCCCACGGCCACCGGCAGCUCCGUCGUCGUCUCUGCCGUCUUUGACCACUAACAAUUUAAGAAGAUAA